CACGAAAACAUCUCUGUCUCAUGAACAUUACUCCAUAUAGCCACGAAGUGACGAAGCCACGGAAGCUCGCUUUCUUUUGUUUCGUCGUUCGACUAUUUUAUGGUCUCACCAAGUUUCAAGUCAAUUUAUUCCUGUUAGCAUGAUCAUGUUGUUACUAGACAACUAGAAUUCAUCGCUAUAAACAGAUUCUUCAAAACACGGGAACGGCAGUACGCGACGCCAACACUGCGAUGUUGGCGAGUUAACAACCGGACAACUUUAAGUGAUCGACGCUGUUAUUAGACAGCCAAAGAGGGUUCUCGAUCAUCCAAUACUUAUUGUUGAUUGACAGUGGAGGGGAUUGAAACGAAAGACAGGUAUCGAAUAUCCAAGUUUCGAAGUUCUACUCAACAGUAAUUUGAGGCUUGCGAAUUUAACGUCCGGCGUUACACCGUCUUGGCACGAGAAGAACCAUAAUACUCGAUCUACUAUAGUAUCAUUCGUUCUCAUCUAUAAUUCGUCCAUUCUCCACUAUCGCUCCCGGACGAUGUGUAAGGAGCUAUACCAGCGUUGGUACGGCUGCUCUUGUUGGGGAUUCAUGCAACCCAAGACAUGCGCUGAAUUGUUCAAGAGAUGCUUAGGACCUAGAGGUGAGGUGGACAAAGUUGUCAUCAAAUGGAAUGAGGGGAUGUGUAAUGAAUGCUGGGAUAGGCUUCUUCAAGAAGCGAGGGAGAUGGCCGACGCCGAAGACGAGGCUGAAGCACUAGCUAUAGCUUCUACUUCUUCGACAAGUCGUUCUGCUGGUAGUUAAGGUGUAGGCGAACGGUGCUGUCUGUCGAGACCAGCGAAAUAGGACGCAGCAAAAAGUAGAGUUAGGAAUCAAAGACAGGUAGCUAGCACUCAGGGACGCGCAGAACUUGAUGCGGGACUUUGGGGAGGAUAUCUACUACCUUAGGGUAGGUACGCAAUAAAUACAUAUAAUAAUAAGAGGUAGUUAUUGUGUUAUAACAAAUUGAACUAAA